AUGGCUAGAAGACCAGCUAGAUGUUACAGAUACUGUAAGAACAAACCAUACCCAAAGUCCAGAUACAACAGAGCUGUCCCAGACGCCAAGAUCAGAAUCUACGAUUUGGGUCGUAAGAAGGCUUCUGUCGAUGAGUUCCCAUUGUGUAUCCACUUGGUUUCUAACGAGUUGGAACAGUUGUCCUCCGAGGCUUUGGAAGCUGCCCGUAUCUGUGCUAACAAGUACGUUACCAAGGUUUCUGGUAGAGAUUCUUUCCACUUGAGAGUCAGAGUCCACCCCUUCCACGUUUUGCGUAUCAACAAGAUGUUGUCGUGUGCCGGUGCUGAUAGAUUGCAACAAGGUAUGAGAGGAGCCUGGGGUAAGCCCCAUGGUUUGGCUGCCAGAGUUGCCAUUGGUCAAAUUAUCAUGUCUGCCAGAACCAAGGACUCCAACAAGGAUGUUGUUAUCGAAGGUUUGAGAAGAGCCAGAUACAAGUUCCCAGGUCAACAAAAGAUUAUUAUCUCCAAGAAGUGGGGUUUCACUCCUCUUAACAGAGAUGAGUACAUUGCCAAGAAGACCAACGGUGAGGUGAAGGACGAUGGUGCCUACGUCAAGUUUUUGACUAAGAAGGGUCCAUUGGAGGAGAACUUGAGACAGUUCCCUAACUACCACUACGAGGCUUAG